CAGAGCCUAGGUUUAAACCCUAGCUCUUUUUUCGAGACUGUGCCUCACCGCCGGUCUCCUUCCUCUCACCGGUCGACCAUAAACGGCGACCAUGGCUCAAUCUUCAGAUCCGCUUGCUUCGCUUCCUUCUGGCGUCAAGCUUCUUCUCCGCAAUCUCCAUAAUCUUAUCCCAAAGAAGUUCACCGAUUCAAAUUAUCCUGCAUGGUCUCUCAAUUUCAAAACUGCUCUUGAGGCCAACCUUCUUCUUGGUUGGAUCGAUGGUCAUGAAGCUGCGCCUCCAAAAAUCCUAUCCAAGGAUGGAAAGGAUAACCCUAACCCAGAAUUCCAAACAUGGAUUGUGAUUGAUACUCAGAUCCGUGCAUGCCUCCUUGCCGUCAUCAGUCCGUCUGUUCACAAGCAUGUCCGCAACUUCACCACAUCUGCCGAUCUAUGGAAUGCUCUCGCUGCCCGGUAUAAUUCUAUUUCUACCGCUCACAUCUAUCAACUACGGGACAAACUUCACACACUCCGAAAAGGUACAAAAACUAUCACCCAGUACCUUGUUGAAGUUGCCACUAUCCUCACCGAUUUGGAUGCUCUCAACGAGGUUAUUCCUGAGAGAGAUGUGGUGAAUGCUGUUAUCCGAGGCCUCCCUCAUGAAUAUUCCUCCUUCAAGCAAAAUAUACGGAUGAACAAUGAGAAUAUAAGUCUCAAUCAACUCUCUGGGUGGCUAACCUCUGAAGAAAUAAAUCUUGAAAUCGAGCAAAAAUUGAGUAUUUCAGAUUCCGCCUCCGGAGUUUCUCACUCUGCACUGUAUACAAACAGCGGUCGAGGCCGCGGUCGAGGAGGUCGAUUUCUGGGCGAGGAUCUGGAUCCGGUCGCGGCGGUCGAAGCUACGGAAGGGGGGGAGGCCGCGGACCUUCACGUGAUCUUCCAGUUCAGGCUCAAUUCACACCCCGAAUGGUAAAUUUCACCUCCACUCCCUUAAUCAUUUUCCCUCCCUUACUUCAAACUUACUGUCCGUUCACCGUUUUACCAAAGAUAAUAAUUGCACUCUUGUUUU